UAUGUGUUUGCAUUGAUUUGUCUAUCGGAGAAAAUUCUUUCACAAUGCAGGUUAGAUGAAGAUUCUUGGAUUCUCAUUGAAAAAUUCUACUGAAUGUUGCAUUCAUUAGGUUUUUAUGUCCAUUAUGGAGUUGAUUUGGGACGAUUCGGGUACUGAUAGUGAUUCCGGUACUGUCUGUGUUACCGACACACCAACUUCUGACGUUGGGAAUUUUGUCGAGUUGUCUGAAGAUUCGCGAAUAGGUGACCCUUCUGACGAACGUCAUGAUGAGAUUGUACAAGUUGAGAAUGAAUAUGAUUCAUUACAUACGGCAGAUGAUCGCAUAGGCACGGUUACAACCCUCGUACUGCACAAUUUUAAGAGCUAUGGCGGUACAGUUCGCGUAUCGGAUUUUAAAAAGUUUACUGCAAUCAUUGGUCCAAAUGGCAGUGGCAAAUCGAAUAUAAUGGAUGCGAUAUCAUUUGUAUUAUGUGUUAAUUCUACGGUAUUACGUGGUUUGAAUUUGCGAGACUUGAUUCACAAGCCAUCGAAGCGGAGUAUUGAUAGCACAUCCGACGCUUACGUAGAGCUAAUAUUGAAUGGAGGUAACCGUCCAGUGACAUUCCGCCGUCAAAUAAACACUUCUGGUACAGUAACUUAUUUUGUUGAUGGUGAGUCCAUUACCUUCAAGCAGUACAAAGAGCAUCUACGUGAUUACCGCAUAAACACGUUAGGUUCAACUGGUUUAAUUUUUCAGGGUGCUGUGAAUGACAUAGCAUCAUGUUCUCCUGUUGAACUAACCCGUUUAUUUGAGAAUAUCAGUGGUUCAUCAUUAUAUGCAAAGCCUUAUAAGUACAUUAAGGAGAAGUUAGAGCGUUCUCGAGUUGAAUAUCGCAAUUUAGUUUCUCGCAAACGUUCUUUGCAGCAGGAAUUGCGUCACUACCGCAGUGUCUUAUCAACUAGUGUUGAUUACGAUGACUUAUUAUCUCAAUAUAAGAAAACGGAGGCACGCAAGUAUGCUUACGACUUUCACCUUGGUUCAAUGAAAUAUUCACGACACAAAGACAAUUACGAGCGGCUAGCCUGUCAAUCAGAAGAUUUGACGAAACGUAUUUCUCGUAUUCAAGGUAAACGUGAUGAACUUGAACAUAAGCGAUCUAGUUUAUACUUCGAGCAGAGUCAGCUCCAUCGUAAAAUACAGGAACAGCAGCGGACUUUAGUUUCCAGGAAAGACAGUUUGACUCAAUUCUAUGAAACAAAGCCAAUAUUGGAGAAGCGUAUACAAGAGCUGGAGUCGUUGCGUGAGACCGUUCAGAAUGAUAUAUCCACGUUGGAGAACGAGAUAGAAGUCCUGCUUGCACAGGAAUCAAGGCUAAGAGAUGAUUGCUCAUCAUUAGUUGAUGAAGUCAAAAACUUGAGUGUCUGUAAGGUAACGUUAACUUCAGCACAGAGGGAGCGAUAUGACAAUUUGAUGAAAAACUUCAAUCAAUCUUCAUCAGCUGUCCGCAUGAAACUGACUCUAGGCCGCAGCAAGUUGACAGAAUUAACUUCAGAAUCGGAUCAUAUUCGCGUUGAGUUGGAGUCACUUCAAAAGCAGCAUGAAAAGCUUGUUGCAAAUUCGGCUCCUCAGGAGAAUUUAUACAAUGGUCUAUGCACCCGUCUCCGGGAGACUAAGGACUCUAUCGAAUUACUCCAGAUGACUAAAUCGCGUUUAGAUGGUGAACGAACCAAGUUAGAAUCCCGUAAAAAAGCUUUGGAAGAAGAGAAGGAGACUCUAGAGCACCACUUGAAGAAUUUGAAUGUGGCUAAGGUGGAGCAUCGUCAGAUACUACGUCGACGUCAGUACACUCAGGAAUUGAUAAACGCUAUAUCCGGUGUACACGGCGAGGUAAUAUCGCUAUUUGAAAUAACGAAUGCGUGUUACCAUGAUGCUAUAAUGGCUGCUCUCAGUACUCGUGGCCACACUAUUGUAACUGAAAAUAUGUCCGUUAUCCAAGAAUGCAUCGCUAAAUUACGUCGAGAUCGCGUGUUCAAACGUGACUUUUUACCUUUAGAUUGUUUAAAGGCACAGAAAUCGGAUUACCGUGGACGGCUAAUGGAUUUUUUUCGUUCGCAUGGUUCCAGGGUUCAAUACAGGAUGGCAGUUGAUUGUUUGGUUUUCGAACGACGUUAUGCAACAUUAUUCGAGCAUCUUUUGGGUGAUACUGUAGUUGUUCCAACAAUGGACGACGCUGAGUUGUUACUGUCUUACAGUGGUAUAGGCUUUAACAUUGUAACUCACAAAGGCCAGGUUAUAACUCGUGACCGUACAAUUGUUUUAGAAUCUACUGCUUACAACAAGAACUCCCAUCUAGAGCUCGAGCUAGCCGAAUUCAGCCGUUUGUGUUUGAAAUCCGAUCGUCUUGACCAGGAUAUCCAGUUAGUGACUAAGAAUCUUACUGGCACGGAGGCCAAAUUGCAGGAUACUAUUUCUAAAUUGCAAAAACACCAACGCGGAGUUGAGUUACUAAAGAUGAAGUUAGACUUUGCUAAACGCCACAAGGAAGCUUCAGAGCAGCAGGUGCGUGAGUCAGAGGAAAAGGUUCGCUCUUUUGUGAACCGUCUCUCAGCAUUGGAAGAGGAUAUUAAGCGGUUGAAUAAAAAUCAAGAAGAAGAGGAGGCUGCACUUCGCGAUUUGAGAAUUGAACAUUUUGCCGAACUGAACCAGGAACUCGGUGUUGAUGACAUUUACAGCAUGCUGGACAGUGAGAAUGAUGCUGUGAUGCGUUUGAAUUCUACACUGGAGCACAAACGUGCAUUGAUUGAGCGUUGUUUAAGAGAUAAAGCUGACUUAGAACAGCGUUUAGAGCAUUUGCGUACUCAUUCUUUGCGUGAGGUCACCGAACGGCACCAAGUAACCCUUGCGGAGUUACGUAAUUUGUUGAAAGAGAACCAAUCGCUUCAUCGUGAUGUCCUAUCUAUUGAACGCGACAUCUCCAGUGACAAGAAGUGUUACGAUGAGCUCACUAACAAAAUUAAUCGCUGUCACGAAGAGAUGAAGCUGCUACAGUACGAUCAGGAUUACGGCAUGGAUACUGCUGGUGACACCAGUGCUGUAACUUCUACACAGGAUACUGAUGUGGUUGUAGAUAACAAUAAUCCGGGUUAUCGUCUCACUCUACGUGAGUCUAAGGAUCAGUUGGUUUCACAGUUACUGGAAUUAGCUAGAUCAAUGCGCGAGCUUCAGCGCGCAGCUUUGGAGAUCGCAGAACAAUGCCGUCUUAGGAAUGUUGAUUGUUCAAUAAGAGUCCCUGAAUCACUGAAGAACACAUCAUCAGAUUUAAUUCUUGACUUCCCUCAGCUAAUGACCACUGAACUGUUGGAUUCCAUUCCUGAUUCAGAAAGCGGCAUUGAGCGUGAAUGCAACCGCCUGUCUAAAGAAAUGGAAUCGUUGCGCAAGACGUUGGCUACUUGUCGCGCGCGUGAUGACGCCGGUACGAGGAUUCAACGUGCUCAGGUUGAUAUUGAGCAUUUGGACGCUGAUAUUGCAUCUGCUAAAGCUGAGUGCGAAAGUUUGGAACCAGACUUUGAUCGUAUAAGUAAGGAAAGGACAAGUUUGUUCAUGGAUUGUUUCAACAACGUGAAGCGACUGGUCGGCCCUAUAUAUCGCAGCCUUUCUGCACGUGACCCCUCCGAUGAGACUACAGGCGGUUCUGCCUUUUUGACACUCGACGAUGAUAUUUCUGGUAGCGUUUCUGAACCUUUCUUAUGUAGCAUUCGUUACAAUACUAUGCCACCAGCGAAGAAGUUUUUGGAUCUUAGCCUCCAGAGUGGUGGUGAGAAGGCUUUAUCUUCAUUAGCUCUCCUUUUAGCUUUACACAGUUUCCGUCGUUCCCCUUUUGUGGUGUUAGACGAGAUUGAUGCUAAUUUGGAUAGUUCCAAGGUCCGCAACUUGGUAUCAUUUUUGCAGAAGAGCGACUUUCAGGUUAUAAUCAUUUCAUUAAAGCCGCGAUUGUUUUCUCGUGCUGACAACUUGGUUGGGGUUUUCACAUGCCAUAAGAAAUCAUCGUCCAACUGUGUCGUGUUUAACCUAUCGUCAUUCACCAACACAGAUGAGGAAGACAACAGUCCCAUUGCUAUUGCCGAUAGGUAGCUAACUAUGUUUUUUACAAAACGAUAUAAUCUUAA